AACUCACUCGUUGGAGCCAAACGGCUUUAAAACUUUGUCACAUGUUCUCUCCCUUUGUCUCUCUCUCUCUCUUUAUUCAUUCAUGUCACUUUUCUCAUAAAUAAACAAAAACAUUCCUCACACACAAACACUCUCCUUCUCUUCCCAAUAGAGAAAAACAAAGAUGGGUUGUUUUCUUCAGUGUUUUGGUUUAUCCACCAAAAGAAAACGUAGAAACACUCUCUACAAAGUCCUACCUCCAACACAACACCAAAAAUAUGGAAACUAUCAAGUUCUUGCUGUAACAGAAAAAUCAAUUAUUCCUUAUUCUCAAUUAAGAGGUAGAGAUCUACACAAGGAGCAGAAUGGUGUGAAAAGCAGGAAGAAAAAAGUUACAUUCAAUUUGAAUGUACAGAUAUAUGAGCCAAACCCUAAUUCUUAUGAGGUAUUGGAAAAUGAAGAAGAUGAAAAUAAGGAUAACACUUUGGAACUAGAGGGAAAGAGUUUAUCUUCUUCGGUAUUCGGAGAAGGAUCUGCGUCAUCCACGAUUAGAUAUCCAUCGAAUCACAGAUAUUACAAUUGCAGUUAUGACCAUGAUGGUGAUGAGGAUGAAAUAGCAUAUGAAGAAUCUGAUAUUGAUGAAUUUGAUGAUGGAUAUGAUUGGGAUGAUGAUGAAGAUGAUGGUGGUAGUGAUGAAAGUUUAGAGAAUUAUAGGGAUGAAAACACUAAACAGAAAGGGUUGCCAAAUUUAUGCUAUCCUUUUGUGGAUGAAGAUGGAAUGAAGAAUCAGAAGUCAUUUGAUCUGAAUGAUGCUGAGCUGAAAUCGAAUUCGAGUGGACGAGACAGAAGCAUGUCGGUUCUGAGUCCGGUAGAGAAUCUUAGUCAGUGGAAAGCAAUAAAAGCAAAAGUUACAUCAAGUAAACACAGGAGAAAGGAAAAUGUUCCAUCAGAGCAAAGUACAAGCAUGCUGCCCUUAGUCACCGGAGCAAGCUCGAAGUUCUUACAUUGCGAUUUGGAAUCAAAUGCUCUUCAGUCCAAACCUUUGUUGCAAGAAGUUGCAGUUGAUGCCAGUCUUUCAAACUGGUUGAUUUCUCCUAGUUAUAAUGUUUCAACUACAAUUCGUUGUCAAUGACGCAGUCAAGUGAUUUGAAGAAACAGAAACUUAGAAAAUAUUAAUUGGUGGAGGAUUUUGCACAUGAAUGAACAAUAUAAUGCAUCAGAUUUUGAUGCUUCUGUUGAUUAUUCAUUUAGCAAAAAGUCGGUUGGGAUGAUUUGAUUGUAUGUUUGUCUAACUAAUUCUUGUCCUGUAAUUGUUUUGUUGGGAUGAUUUGAUUGUAUGUGUGUCUAACUAAUUCUUGUCCUGUAAUUGUAUUGUUUUUGGUUUGUGAAAUGGUUGGUUAUGCUGUGAUCAAUGGAAUGUGUAUUUGUUGUUGCUGAUUAUUUCUUCGUGUUGCAGCUAUGCAAUUUGAGUGUUCUUAAA